UGAAUCAAGGGAAAUGAGUCGGUUUUAAGUGAACAGGCUAAAUUACUGGACGCAAAUGAACUAGCUUGUGAUAGGUCCGUGUUUAUGCACACGCUCAAUUUUAUUGAAGUUUCUGAAUCUUCAACGUUCAACAUCCGAGUCUCAAUUAGGACCUGGCUUCGCGUGUGUUUGUGUUGGUGGACCAUGUCUAUCUUUCGAAGCAAGGUCACGCAAGGAUCAUGUCGUAACUAUGACUGGGAGACAGUGGAUGCAACCUUCUGUGAACUUUUACCCUUGUGACCUCUGGCAAUGACCAAGGUUUCACGACGUAUAAAAAGACGAAAAUGUCUUCCAGCUCCGACACAGCCAGUUUCGACCUUUUUCCUACUCCUAGUUCAGCACUUCCUCACGCACUUUCUCCGACAUGGUGGCCUGGGAGCACCCCCGAUUCAACUGCAAUCCUUCGUCAAUUACUACAGGAAAAUCACGAAAAAUGGCAUAUCUUCUUUAAUAAUAUAGGUUUUCACAAUCACAUAUCUCACCGCCUCCUCGCGCUGUGGGCCCUCGGCGCUAAUAAAGAGGUCCUGAAAGCUGCAUACGAGUCCGACUCUGAGCCAGACAAAGAAAGACCCGCGUUCUCUUCCCCAGAGCCAAUAACUUCUGCAAACUUUCGUGAUCACCUAUAUUUCAAUGCCUACGUAAAAUUCUUCACCGAUAUUCUCAUGGUCCAGAAGAAGGAUGUUGCUUCCGUGCUGGAAGAUUUCGUGUUCUCCGGGCUCGAUGUCAAAGCGCGCGAGGAGAAUGGAAGAAUCAUACAAUCUCCGUUGUUCGUUCCUUUCUUUGAAGGACUGCUGCAUGCCUUGAUCUUUGUAGGAUACGGUUUGGAGUUCAGCUUACCAGGAAUGAUCAUUGAAGGCUUAGCGCUAGCUGCAGUUCAUAGACCCACACCCGGCUUCGAGGAACUCGUUUCUCCGUCCCACGAGACAGGCUCUGGAAAUUAUAAUAUUGAGAAUCUGACUCUCAAGUCCCGUAAAUCGUUGGAUACAGGCUUUCAUGGAACACACGCCUUCACCAUCCUGGCCCAUGUCAUGAAAGACCCAAUAUUGGUGGUGAAGGAGGCCAAUGCUGACGAUAUAUUCGCGUUUCUUUCAGAAAAAGAAGGGGAGAAAAGUAAAUUAUUGCGUCAAUACAGUGACCGGUGGUCAUUCAACGCAUCUGAUGCCAAAGAAGUGGAACGAAAGAUUGAAGAAUUGCAAUGGAUGAAUACCUUGAUAUUCACUGUCGCAGGUUUUAAGAAAUCAAAAGAAGAUGAUUUUCGAGCUGAUUUCUAUUUUAUGCAUCUCGUCACUUCAUCACUGUUUCUUCCCUCGUUAACAGCGCAUUUGUCUCCGUCUUCCCAAGAGCUACUGUUGCGAGGGUAUUUCGCCAUCAGCCUGGCUUUCUAUGUUGCUCGCGGCCGUCCAAAGAUUGAUCCAAAGCCCUUGUUUGAAGUCGCGAUGGAUGAUAAUGUAUUUGAUCCUGAGAAGGAACCAUCUAUUGCUCCGCCAGCUCUUAGCAUACUUUCUUCAUCUUCCAAGGAAUCCAAGGAACCCAAUUUGUGGCUUCCUCUCAUCUCGCGCGCGAUACUCCACCCGGAUGACCAUGUCCCAAAAUUUCAGCGCGCUGUGGCGCACUAUGCGACUUUGUACGGAUCUACACCAAAAGGGUUUUUCGAUGGGCUUGGAAUCGAAUUAAAUGGGGUGGACAGGAUUGACGGCACCCUUUUUGCAAGAGCGGGAGCUUUGACCCAGAGGAGACUAGGAAGAGAUCGUGAAGGUAAAUCAUUGGCGUCUUAUUGGGAUUUUGAAGGAUUUUACGGAGAGGACGGGGAGAAGAGCAACGAUGAUUUUUGACUGUUACGUAUAUUGAUUGAAGUUGAAAUAAGCGACUUGUACCUACGCUUGACAUCUUUAGUUCUAACAGUGACAAAUACUGUACUGACUGAUCCUUUUACAACUCUAAAUCCAAUGAGCGAGACAGCACCAUACGGUAC